GUGUAACCUACGCAAUCGUAAAGUGGCGAUGGCGUUUUGUGUUUUAUAUUCUUUUGUGAAUAAAACCUGGAGUUUGUGCGCAUUUUAUAAUACGAUAUCAAUCUAUAAUUAUAAUUUUUAUCUUUUCAAAGAUCUUCGAGAUAUCAUUGUUUCCUCGUUAUAAUAUUAUCGAAGAUUAAAAAUUAGGGCAGGUAAUAACGAGAAUCAAAAAAAUAUUAAAGAAGAAGCCUCCUCGUUAAAGGAACAGCCGGCGAACGUGACUCAGUUUAAGCAGCAAAUGUAAUAUUCUGGUAUUAACGACGACAUAUUGUUGAGAAUAGAAGUUGAGACAACAGAUGCGUUAAAUACUGAGUACAUGCAAAGCAUUCAUAGAAAUGUCAGACAUAAGAAAAAUUGAAGAUUCUACGAUGGAAACUCAAGAUACUUAUUAUGAAAAUUCAAAAGAUGAUAUAAAUAAUAGUCAGAAUUUUCAACUUGUUGAUACAGAUGAAACAGAUUUGUCUAAAAAUAAAUUAGACACUCAGUCCGAGACUGAUAAUUUAAAAAAUAAAGACGAUUCUAAUGUGCAGCAGAAUAAAUCCCUCAAAGAUAUUGCAGUUGAUGAAGCAAAGAGUAACAUAGAAAAGAAAAGCGAAAUUGUAAGCGAUGAAAAAGUAAAUACUGAAGAAGGUAGUUGUAAACUUGAUAACCAAAAGGAUGAUACGGAUGAUGAAAAUGAUAUCAUUCAAGGUACACCUCCCGACAUGUUAUCUUCACCUAAGAAGGAAGUUCACGAUAGAUCAGAAAAUAUAGGUCUUAAACGUAAAAUAGAUUCUACCGAUAAUUCUGUUACUAAGUUUUUGAGAAGUUCACCCUUGGAAAAUGCAUUAAGUUUAGAGAAAAGCAAAUUUCAUAGCAACGAUAGUCAACAGUCAAAUGAAUCAGAUGACUCUCAACCAAAUAUUGUAAGAAGUUGUAUGUUAUCAGAUGUAAUAAUAGAAGAAACUCAGGAUGUAGAAGGUGAAGAAUUUAUAGAAUCUAGUAAAAAAACUUCCGAUAUUAUCUUAAAUGAAGCCAAAGAUGAUCAAAACUAUGAAUCAUGUCCUGUACAGAAAUUAUUAGAUAAGAAUGAAAAUAAUGCUAACAAAAUUUGUGAAAUAAAUCAAAACGAAACUAUAAACAAUCCUACUACAUCCGAUACAGCUACUAAUGUAACUACUAUUACCACUGUUACUACUACUACCACUGAUACUAUUGCUACUACUAGUACUAAUCCUACUACUAGUACUACUACUACUACUACUACUAUUACUACUACUACUAGUACAAAUAAUACAGAUGAAGAAAAUACUUCAGAUGUUCCAUCAAUGACAAUUAGGGAUGAAAAAGAAUUAUCUGAAAGCCAAGAAAUAUCACUAAUCGAUGUAACUGAGAAAAUUAAUUUAAAUUCUGGCAUAUCAGAUAGUUCUAAAGAAAUAAAUGAACAAGAAUCAUCUAUUUCUUUAAAUAAAAAAGAUGAUAAAAGUUUAACAUCUAAAGAUAUUGAUGAUGAUAUUGAUUUAGAGCGUAAGAACAAUAUUAAUGAAGAAAUAGUAGUAGAUGAAGCAACAGUAAACACAGAAAAACCUGUUGUGACUACUUUCCUAAAUAAAUCACGUAAAAGUAUCGAAGUAGUUUAUGAUAAGGCAACGAUUCUCCAAAAUAAGAAGAUAAGACCAACAUUAGUUGAAAUUGAUGAAGAUGGAGAAAAAAUUAUUUUGGAUUCAUCGGAAGAAAAUUAUAUAGGAAAAAUAGGAGAAAAAGAAGUUUUUGAUACUACAAAUAAUUAUAGAAGUUGCUAUGAUAAUAAAACAAGUAGCGAUUUCAGUUAUAAACCUAUAAUUAGCAAUAAAGAAUCAUUGGUAGAUUUAAAAUCUGAUAAACAUCAUUUUAAUGGAAGUAGUGAAUGUAAGAAAAGUGAUACAGAUGGUACAGCAAGUAUAGAGUCAGAUACAUUUAAUAACGAAUUGCAUUCUACUAUUUUUAAAAGCGAUAAUAAUUUACUUUCUUUGAACAAAGAAUUAAAAAUAUCUACUUCUGGAUCUAAAAAGAAUGAUCAUACAGAUUUAAUAAGCAUAAGUGAUAUCGAACAUGAUGUUUCACUUAUAGAUGAUAAUAGUAAUAGUAAAUCUGAGUUAAAUAAUGCAAAUUUACUUACAAAAGCUUUACAAGUAGAAAGAGAAGUUGGUGUGUAUGUAAGACUUAAAUGUUCGUUACAUUUUGAUGAAAGUACAAAAGAAAUACUGAAUAAGGAAUUAACGAGUGUCCAUUGUGAACCCAUAGGAGAACUUUCAUCCUUACGCUUAAAACCGGAAGAUGCUUCUGCUUCAUUAGCUGAUAUUUCUGGAAAUGAUAACAAGGAUACAUCUCCAGGAUCUGUUAACAGUAAUCCGCAAUUGUAUCAGUUAAUACCUUCAAGACUGUCUCUUCUUUCGACAGUAAGUUCUUCAAGCUCAGCAUCUAGCGCUGCUUCUUUAAUAGCUAAACUUGUAAGUAAAGAUCCACUUUUUUCACUACCUCGAGGUCCAGCUAAACAUGCAAAAAAAACUGUAUACGAAUCAUCGGCAUCACAAAAACAAAGUACAGAUGAAUUAUAUGAAAAGUUAACUAAAGAAUGGAAAAACAAUCGUUUAUUACUAACAGCUGUUUUAAAUUAUUUAAAUACAGAACUGAAUAUGGUAGAUCCUUUAUAUAACCUAAAUAAUGAAAGAUUAGAUGAUGGUCUACAAAAACUUAGAUGUUCUACGCCAGAAGAUCAAGGAGAAAUAGUAAUACAAACAACUACACCAAAAAGUUCGAGGAAAAAUAGAGCACCUAAAAGAUCUCGAUGUAAAAGUAAUAGAGCAGGUGUACAAUCAAAUGGAGAUUGUAAAAUUCCACAAAAAGAUAUCAUUUCUACCCAAGAAAGUAACGAUACUCCUAUUAGUAAAAAGAAAAAUAAAAUAGAUAAAACGGAUAGUGAUACGCCAUCAAAUACCACUACUGUUUCAUUUACAAAAGAUGUAUCAUAUAUUAAUAUAAAUGAUGAAUUGGUUGGUAAAGAAGUAUUUGCCAAAUGGUCAGAUAAUAAUUAUUAUCCAGGCAUAGUUACAGAAAAAUCUAAAUUAAAAUAUAAAGUAAAUUUUUACGAUGGAAAAAAUAAAUUACUCAUAGAGGAAUUUAUUAUACCAAUACCAAAGACUUUAAAAGAUGGUUUAUCAAUUUAUGCGACUACAGCUGAAGACGAUUAUGGUUCCUGUGGAAUAAUAGUUGAAGUUCAAAACCUUAAUAAUGAUAUAUAUUAUUUGGUAGAAACAGAUGAAGGAGAAAAAGUUAAAGUCCAAAUCAAAGACAUUUUUUUGUCAUCGGAUCAAGCGUUAGUAUUAAAGGAAAUGUAUGCAAAAGUAAACAACUUUCCAACUACGCCUAAGAUUUCUGGUCAAAUAAGUUUAGAUAAUAUGGUAGAUGGAAAACGGCGAUCAAAACGAAUUGCUACACCUACAUUAUCUACCCCAAAAUCUAAGAUAUUUGCUGGUUGUUCUAUUGAGAAAAAUAUCAAUAUAUCGGAACCUUCUGUUUCUGGUAUACCUUCUAAAACUAAAAAAAUGGAUUCUUCUGAAAAUGAGAGUAAAUCUAGCGAUUCAAAUUUAUCUGUAAAAGAUGAAAGUCUAUUAAGUGGAAUACAACCAGAAAUUGUUGGUACACCGAACGAGCAGAUAGUAAAAGGACCUCAACACAGGAUAAAAGGGAAAUCGCGAAGUAAGAAAAAGGUUGAGAAUGAAGAAAUUGUUGCAACGUUGGGUCCUAUUCCAAACAACAAUUCGACUUUAUUUAAAGGCAUGUCAUUUAUUCUUACCUGUGCAUCGUUGGAAGUACUUGAUAGGUUUAGAGUAGAUAAUAAAGAUUCUGAUUCUGAAACUGGAACAGAAAAUGAAGAAGAAUGGGUCCGUAGACCAUUUGUAAGGGACAGGUUGAAAACCCAAAUAGAAACUGCAAAGGGCAAGAUAUAUGAUGACUUUGAUUUGAUACCAAAGGAAGAAUAUAAAAACACUAAACUGAUUACAAAUGUGCCAAAUACCACAGCAAAAAAUUUAUUGUGUCUUUCGGUCGGAAUUUCUGCGUAUAAUCAUAAUUGGAUUAUACAAUGUUGUCAAGAGGACACGUUAGUAAAUCCAUCAGCAUUUAUCUUACCUGCUGGAUGGAGUCUAGAAAAAGAAUCUUAUAUUGAGAAUUUUCAGAGGCCUAAUACUAAGCCGUUAAAUCAAGUAAUAGUAAUAAUUCCAAUUAUAGAAACAGAUAAAAAGUAUACAUCAUUUUGGCGCCAAAUAUGUGAAAAUGCAGGUGCCAUUGUUUUACUGGUGGAUGGUUCAGAAAGUAUGGAGGGAUUUGCAGAGGGUACAGUAGUUGUUACUAAUCACAGAUGCCCUUCAUGGGCUGUUACAAAAGCCGACAAAUGGCAAUUACCAUUGCUAUCUACGACAUGGGUUAUUCAAUGUUUAAUCGAAGGGAAAAUCUGUGCAUAUAACUCGCAUCCCCGUUACAAAUACAAUUACAUGUAAAAAUUAAAAUACUUCUUCUCCAGCAAGGUGUUAUUGACCAUAUCUGUAAGUACAACAAAUAUAGUUAUGAACGAAGAAUAAGAAUAAAAGUAUACAUUUUGUUUAUAAGUUUCAAAUUUUUUAAAAACAUUCAAUUUUGAAGUAUUCCUUCAUAUUUACGAUUCGUUUAAUUUAUAUAUACGUACAUUAUAAUAUACGUUUAAAUAUAUGCAUAUAUAUAUUUAAACUGUAUUUUUUAAUAAUUAUAAUUAUAUUAAAUCACUCUUUAUGAAAUACUGUCUUAUCAAUCAUGCUAAUAAUAUAUGAUAUUCCGAAACAUAUCUUUGAUAAACAAGAUUUAAUUUAUCAAUAAUAGUAUAUAAAAUUAUUCAAAAUGUUAUAUAUAUUAUAUUCAACAAUUAUUAUGGUUUUAUCUGUUUCUGAUAUAUAAAAAGUAUGUGAAUUGUAGAUAAAAUUAAAUUUACCCUUUUCUAGUAGACUCAUUAUAUUUUAUUUUAUUUUUUGCUCAUUUCCUACAUAUAUAAAUUGUAUAUUCUCAUGAGCUUAUAUUUGAUUUAUGUUUCAAAACAAAUAUUAACAAGUGGAAGAUUACUUUACUUUUAUUUCUUUGAAUUAAUUCAUAAAUUGUCGUCAAUGUUUAAUUUUGUUUUGUUAAUUAUAAAUGCCUACAUAAGUAUUAACAAAAAAAAGAGCAAAAGAAAAAAGAAAUUUGAUAAAUACUUCUCUGUAUUUAUGGUACUUACAGUGUUGGUAUUGUUUCUCACAAAGCUGUAAUAUUAGAGUUUUGUAACAUUUUGUAUAAAAUAAAAUAUAAAUAUAUAUCAAUUUUAUAUGGUGAACGAGUUUAUUAUAAGGAAUGUUUAUAAUGUCUUAAUUACAAAUUGUGUGAUAUUGAAAUGCAACAAAUAGAUCUUGGAAAUGAAUGAAACAUUUAUAAUUAAUUUUCAUAUAGAUAUACACAUACGUAUAAUUUUACAAUGUUUUGUCUAUCUAUCAAUGUUCUUUAUGGUGCUUAAUACCAAUAUGGUAUUCUAUCAAAACAGGAAGUCUUACAAAAGUGUCUUACAGAUAUCUGUGACAUAAAAAUAACACUCGUAUUAAAUCCUGUUAACAUAAAAUAAUAUGUACAACAUGAUCAAUUAGUUGAUUUAAUUUUACAGUGAUACAAAUCAUUAAUGCGAUAAGUGUUAAUGUAAUAACCAUAAUAUCCAAUUAAUGUGACAUUAUAAGAAAUAACAUCUGUUUAUAACAAAUAACUAAAUAUAACUAUUUAUUCCAAAAAAAGUGAUUAUUUUUAACAAUGCAUAUUACUACACUCAUCUCAUUGUGAUUUGUAUAUAAUAAAUUUGAAUACACGAUUUAUUGUAAUUGAACAAUGUAUAAAUUCAAAUUUGAACAUUUGUUAUAUUUUUAAUCAAUGGUUAUGAAAAAAUGUAUUUUUUAAACAUAUAACGCGCAAAGAAAUAAUGCUUAUACAUUUAUUUUAUAAGAUAUCAUUUGAAUGUAAUUUUAUUUUAUUUAAUUAUAAUAUUUACUUACGAUUAUAUAUAUACAUAUAUAUAAUUAAACUUAGCAUAUAAAUUGAGUAUUGAUGCUUCCUCCUAAAGUGAUGAUAAAAGAUACGUGCGAAUCAUACAUAAACAGACUACUGUAACAUCUUAUUCUCUCCAAUACUCAAAUAUUCUUAUUUUUCUUUUUUAGUGUUAAGUCCGUCGUGCAUUUCAAAAUUAAUUGGUACAUCGAGAAUAGGUGCACAUGUACGAGUGUGUAUAUAUAAAUAAAUAUACGAAUAUUUACAAUUUCUAUUAAAUAAAUUAUAGCCAUUAUGUAAAAUAUCUUUGGGAUGAAAUACAAUUACCUAUUUUGUCAACAAA